AUGAAGGGAGACAUGCGCCGGCGAGACUCGCUCCAAACACGGAUUACAGGCGGUUGCCUGUCUUUUCAGGCGGAGUGUGAGAUGCCCGGUCUAAUGAGAAACGCCAAUAUGCGCCGGAAGAUCCUUUUGGCGGUCGUUGUGCUCCUGCUGGCGAGCUGUGGCAAACCGGCUGAUAUGGAACUGUCCGGGACUCUCGAUUUGCUCGGUUUCGGAUUCAGUAUGGAUUAUCCGGGAGGGUGGUCUACCGCACAAAUCGGGGAAAAGGUAGUCGCCGUUGCUGAAAACGAGUGGGAAAGCGAACGACUGUCUUUCCGGUUCGAUGAUACUGGAUUCACGUGGAUCUAUGGCCAGAGCCCAUUGUCCGCGGAAAAAGGCGACGAUGCUCCCGUGGCAUCUAUACAAACCAAGGUUUCCGGCUAUCAGGUAAUAUUCACGAUGAGUGAAACACAGUAUUUGACGGCCAAGGUCAAUGGUAGUCUUAUCCGCUCGGAUAUUGCCCACGAGCCCCUGCGGGAGUUCUUCGAAGCUGCUGUUGUGUUGUACGGAUAUGCGAAGCCGAAGGAGAGCGAGAUAUCGGAAAUCGAGAUCUUCGGAGUUCCGGCGAUAAGCGGCACCCUGCGGAACAGAUAUAGCGCCGCGAUUCUCAUCUUGGGUCACAAAGACGAUGUUACAUUCAGUCUUCGAGUUCUUGCGCGGUCGAGGCGCUUGCUCAAGGCGUUCAUGCCGACGUGGGAAGAAAUGCUCGAAAGCAUACAGUUGUUAGAAGAGUAG